UCCGCCCGUUUCUUCUUCCCGUUCCGGUUGACUUUAUCCGCACCCUGUCGGUUUUCUGCCUGUCAUCCCGUUCAAAGUUCCUCACUUGGCUUGCAAGGUUUCUUCCUUUCAAUACGAUCAACUCCAGUGAGACCGGCCGUGCCUCUUUGUCCAAGAAUCGAAAGGAAUCACGUCGUCGCUGCAGUUGCCGUGUAGCUUCAUUUGCCCUGACUCGUGUUCGAAGUGGCUCAUCCUGAUCAGCAUUCGGAGACUGCACCGCUACCUGUACCCAUCUUACCACCAUAGCGGAGCGUGGUGCUAGUCAUGAGAUCUGCCCGAAAACCUGUGGGCCUCUCACACUCGCAGUUGCGAGGGAUCACCUCCACCGGCCGUUGGUCCUCACCAACCCUCCAUACGCGUCCUUUAUCUCCAACAGCCAACUAUACAGGAUUGCUACCACCCUCCCUCCUUCAAGCUACCCUGAAAAUGCCAAAUACAACUAUCAACGACAAGCACACCGUCUCCCCCCUGAAAGGUGGAAUGUCCGUGCUAAAAAGUAGACACAUCAAUCAAGGAACAUCAUUUCCUCCACAGCUCCGCACCAGCCUCCGUCUGCGAGGACUUGUUCCCCCUACGCAGGAGACUCUUGAUCAACAGAUUGAACGUGUAAUCACGUUCCUUAAUACCUUGGAGUCUCCCAUUGAAAAGUAUUGCUACCUAUCUCGUCUUAAGAGCGAAAACGUUACCCUUUUCUAUCGUGUCGUCAUUGAUCAUUUGACUCAAAUUACACCACUCAUCUAUACCCCUGUUGUGGGCGAGGCAUGUCAGAAAUUCUCCCUCAUCUAUACACCUGGUCUUGUCGAAGGUCUCUUUUUAUCCAAGGAGGAUAAGGAUCAUAUUCCGGAAAUUCUCGACAACUGGCCAUAUCCUAACCCGGAAAUAUGCGUUAUCACGGAUGGCAGCCGUAUUCUCGGUUUGGGCGAUUUAGGGGUAAAUGGCAUGGGAAUCCCAAUCGGCAAACUGUCCUUGUACAUCGCUGCCGCCGGCUUCGACCCUUCUCGUACUCUUCCCAUCACCCUGGACAUGGGAACGAAUAACGACAAGUACCUGAAUGACCCUUUGUACCUUGGUCUGCGUUGCCGAAGACCAAGCGAUCCAGAUUUUUUUGAUUAUAUUGACAGUGUGAUGGCGGCUCUACGCAAGAAAUGGCCAAAUAUGCUAGUGCAAUUCGAGGAUUUCAGUUCUGAACAUGCCUUCCAAACUCUGGAUCGAUAUCGGAACGAAUACCUGUGCUUCAAUGACGACAUACAAGGGACGGGCGCCGUGAUUCUGUCCGGUUUCAUCAACGCCUUGACCAUGUCCGGUGUCCCAUUGAACAAGCAUAGAAUCCUGUUCUUCGGAGCUGGUUCUGCAGGGGUUGGCGUCGCGAGCCAGUUGAAGGAUCAUUUUAUCAAAUCUGGAGGGAUGAGCCCAGAGGCUGCAAGAGAUGUAUUUUGGCUUGUAGAUUCAAAAGGACUGGUGACAUUUGACCGCGGUGAUAAACUUCCUCAGCAUAAAACACUCUUUGCUCGCUCGGACAACGGCGGCAAGCAAUUCAAAACUCUCGCGGAUGUGAUCAACUACGUUCAACCCACAGCUUUGAUUGGGCUCGCAAGUCAAGGUGGAGCAUUUACGCCAGAUAUCAUAGAGCUCAUGGCUUCAAUGAACGACCGACCGAUUAUCUUCCCUCUUUCGAAUCCCUUGACGAAUGCAGAGUGUACAUUUGAGCAAGCGAUGAUUCACACAAAAGGAAAAGUACUUUUUGCCUCCGGUACGGCGUUCCCGGCUUUUCUCGAUCCCUACAGCAAACAAGUGCUGGAGCCUGGGCAGGGCAACAAUAUGUACAUCUUCCCAGGUCUUGGGCGCGGCACUGUCCUUGCGAAGGCGGAGCGUGUCACCGAUGACAUGGUCUACCAGAGUGCCGUCACUCUGGCUGAAUCCUUGACAGAAGAGGAGCGGAGUGAGCAGCGCUUAUACCCACGAUUGCAACGCAUUCGGGAGAUCUCUGCUUUGAUCGCCCGAGACGUGAUUCACACGGCUCUACGUGAGGGUUUGGCUCAUGAACCUGCCAUUGUUCGCAUGUAUGGCGCCAGCCCAGGUCAACCCGUACCAGCUGCUACCUUGCGGGACGAGGAAAGAGCUGCUGCGCUGCUGACUUACGUGCAAGAACGCAUGUGGAAUCCAGCGUAUCCUGAAGACUUUUCUGGGCUGAAGGCGAUGAUGUGAAGUAUGAAGGACUCUGUCGUUUAUUAUUUGUAGUAAUUUUCGAUUGUGUAAAUAGAUAAUGAUCAUUUACUUGAGGAGAGGACAAA